CGUAAGCAAGUCUUGACAGGAAUAUUUUCUAUAUAUUGUGACGUGUUAGGACUACUUGAAUGGUGAGCUUCUAUUUGGCAGAAUUGGAUGGACAGGACAAAAAACUGAACAGUUGAGACUUGGUUGUGGAUUUUACGCGCCAUUAAAAGUUGUGUUUCAGAGGAACGGAAAAUGAACACAAUAAGUCAAAGCUGUGUUCUAUUAUUAUGGAUGCAUGCGCUGACCUUCAUUAAAUGUCAAGAAUGCACUCUUGAAGAUUUUAUCAAGGGUCCCAUGUUUGACUCCAACUUCGACACAACAGGUUUGGAAGCCACUUACCAAAGUCAGCAGCAGGUGAGAGUGCCCUGUGCUGUUGGCCACAGCGGAUUCUUCAAACUCAUCUGCAAUAAUGGCCAGUGGCAGUUUCGUGGCACUAAAUGCCAGCCACGGCCAUGCGGUCACCCCGGUGAGGCCCAGUUUGCGGAUUUCCAUCUGGAGCUGGGCGAUGAUUUCGUCUUUGGCUCGCAAGUCAAGUACACCUGCCACAAAGGUUACCAAAUGGUCAGCCGCACCAACUACCGACGUUGCGUGCUGGAAGGAUGGAGUGGUACUAUUCCGGUCUGUGAAGUGGUCCACUGCCCGGCGAUCAACGUGGAAGACAACGUGGAGGUGAUCGGUGACGCGGAAGAAGCCAACUUUGGCAACGUGCUCCAGUUCAGCUGCAAGAAGAGCAAUGAAAUCUUGAUCGGGUCUUCAGAGAUGUCCUGCGACGAGAACGGAAAAUGGAGCAACACUCCUCCAAAAUGCGAAGAGAUCAAAUGCCCAGCGCCAGUCAUCGAAAAUGGCUUUGUGCCAAGCAAUACCGACGAGUACAAAGAGCACGAAGUCCUGUUUUAUCAGUGUAAUCCAAAAUACAAACAGGCCGAAGGGAGACCUUCAAAAUGCACAAAGGUCGGGUUGAGAGCCGAGUGGAGUCCCGCACCCUCAUGUGAAGUUGUAAAAUGCAAAGUGACACUGCCAAGCAUCGAAGGAACCAGCUAUGAACCUGAUUCCAUGAAUGUAUUCAUACCUGGCGACAAAGUAAAAGUCACAUGCGGACAAAACUUCUGGAUUUUGAACUCUCGGCAGACCUCGGUAGUAUCGACCUGCCAAGAAAACGGAAAAUGGACCAUCAGACCUGUAUGCCAGGAAUUUACGUGCAGAAACCACCGAGACAAAACUGUAUCGUACUGGAACGUGUACUGGGGACAGGUUAUAAAGUUGAACACUUCUGUUGAGUAUCAAUGUAACCGAGGACACAAACCCACUGCUGGUGCCACCAGACUAACGUGCACCAAAGACGGAUGGACACCAAAUCCACCCUGUCGAGAAAUAUUAUGUGACAGUAAGAAAAUCCAGAAUGCAGUCAAUUUGGAUGACGGCCAGCAUAUUUACAGAGAAUACGAUCGAGCCCAAUUUGUCUGCAAGAGUUCUCGAGAAAGGUUUACGCUCACUUGUGAAGCACGUGGUUGGAGGGGUUCUGUACCUUGUGCAGAACAACAAUGCCAAAAUCCUGACCUCAGGAGUGCCGAAAUUGUGCAUAAUGAUAAGAACUAUUAUGACCACGGUGAAGAAGUCCAAUAUGCAUGCAAGAACGACAUCGACCGCCAGUUCACGGUUACCUGUGAAUUUGGUGUGUGGACUGGGAUUCAGAACUGUUCAGCUUGCCUGGAACAGGAUGUGAUCCACGGCUUUGCUGUUGGCCGCCCAUCAAAAGAAAAACUCUACUAUACGUGCAAUGAAGGUUACAAACUUCCCACUAAAGGAUGGUGGGGUGAGGCAACUUGCGUUGAUGGACUGUGGUUUGGACUGGAGCAAUGUGUGGAAAACAAUAAAUGUGCAGAAAUACCGAUGAUUGCCAACGCCAAAGUCCAGCCAAAUAAUGGGAAUGGCCAAGAUCAGAGGCUCCAGAUUAUUUGCAAGAGUGGAUACCAGACUCAGCAAGACCACCUUUUGUGCGUCAAAGGCAAAUGGGAUUCAAACGGAAUAGCUCUUGACGAACUCUGCUCUCCUAUUGGUGAGACCUGCAGUCCACCACCUAAAGUGGAAAAUGCUGUCAUUUUGACUUCAUUUCGGAGGGAAUUCUUGUCGGGCUCUAAUGUGAGGUUCAAGUGCCGCCAGAACUUCAUGAUAGAAGGAGAAGACACCAUCACGUGCCAAAAUGGCCAAUGGGACACGACGGACAUAAAGUGUACACCGUACUGCUCCAAGCCCAAAUAUGCGGACCAGAUGAUGACCUUGCACGUGGAUAAAGAAAAGUACGUGAACGGUGAAAUAUUACAAUAUCGCUGUAUCAGACGGGGUGAACAAAAUGAGGGGUUCACAACCUGUGUGAAUGGCAAAUGGAGAGAGCCAAUUCAAUGUGAAGUAAAGCCGUGUCCACUUCCCGAAAACAUCCCAAAUGGCCGUUAUCAACUGAUCCACGGUGAAGACUUUGUUUUCGGGGCGACGAUCCAAUACUUUUGUGACGAGGGCUAUCAAAUGGUGAGUAAGAUCGACACCAGGAUUUGCUUGCUGGACAAAUGGACCAACCAUGUGCCAAUAUGCGAACCUGUGCACUGCGAGGCCCCACCUAAACAUGAAGAGAUCGUGGUCAAAGGUUUACCGGACAAUGACGAGGGAAUCCUUCCGGACCGCUUCCUCACAUUCAGCUGUAACAAUCCUGGAAAGCAACUGAAUGGCAGUCCGUUGUUAGUAUGUGGUAAAGACGGACUUUGGGAUAAGCCCUUCCCCACUUGUGAAGAUAUUGCUUGUAAAGUCGGAGCGAUCCAACCUCAUCUCAGCGUGGACCAGCUGCCACCGGGGAAUCAGACGAUACGGAUCGGACACAGAUUAAGGUUCCGAUGCAGCGAUGACUAUGCUCUGGAUGGAUCCGAAGAAACCGAAUGCCUACCAACUGGGGAAUGGAAAGUCCCUUUCCCAAAAUGCUCUGAGCCAUGCCAGAUCACGGGUGUACCGAACAACGUGCGGCUGAGCACCCAGCUACGUGUCAGACAAGCAAGAAGAGGGCAGAGGUUGACGUUCAGUUGCCUCCAACGUGGAGACACGCUUUUGGGCAAGAACGUGGUUGUAUGCUUGUCAAAUGGCCUGUGGAGCGACCCCUUUCCAACAUGCGGAGCUCCUUCGGGAUGUCAGCGUCCACCGCACCUUCCGGGCGGAGACACCAAGUAUUCCACUAAACCCACGUACGGACACGACGAAAGGGUGGAAUACAUUUGCCAGCCUUAUUACCAAAUGGAGGGUGAGCCUUAUAAAACCUGCAAAAAUGGCCAAUGGACUGGAGACAUGAAAUGCCUCAAGCCCUGCACCGUGGACCGGGAGCUCAUGAACAGGCACGGCGUGACAUUCCGAUACAAGCGGGACGGCAAUCUGUACUCGUCCCACAACGAUAUCAUCGAGUUCUGGUGCGUGCGAGGGACGAGACACGAUGGAGUGUUGGCCAUGCGGCAGAAGUGCAUCGAUGGAAUGAUCGACCUGCCCACUUGCCACUAGCGUCUUCCACAGUCCGCUAAAAACAAAAAAUUUCAAAAUAAUCCCACUUAUUCUUCAGAUCAUUUCGCAACUUUCAACAUUUGAGAUAAUUUUUCACGAAGCCGUUACGCUUUAAGGUGGACGUAUUAACCUGCUGAUGAAUAAAUCUACAUUAAAAGGGAGAUUUUUAUGAUUAUUAGUAAACAUUAGUAGGACUGGCAGACGAGUAAACACAUUUGUCAAAAAAUUAAAAAAUAUUAUCGUUGAAGCAACAUUCUUUUAUAAUUUUAUACACUGCAAGCUGGUUGCAUUAAGGCGAAUUAAAACCAAUUCAAUUGAUGUGUUUUGGUGUCCUUUUCUCAAAGGCUUUUUUUCAUUUAGAACAUAUGUAUAUAUACCUGUAUAUACAUACAUAUAUCGGGGCGGUAUAGCUCGGUUGGUAGAGCGGCCGUGCCAGCAACUUGAGGGUUGCAGGUUCGAUCCCCGCUUCCGCCAUCCUAGUCACAGCCGUUGUGUCCUUGGGCAAGACACUUUACCCACCUGCUCCCAGUGCCACCCACACUGGUUUAAAUGUAAAAAUUGG